GUAUGACUCGGAUUUUAGUGCAGCGAGGUUCUGCCGGUCCAUCUUCUUCGUCUAAUAAAAACAGACCAUCAACAUCAGCACCUAGUCCGUCGUCUUCUUCAGCUUCUCCACAACCACAAGCUACUGGCACUGCACAAGUUACUCAAACAGUAAAGGAUGAAAAUUUGGUUGAAGUGCAAGAGCAGAAUGUACUAAAUGAGUUGUCAGAUCAUCAUGCUAUUUCAGACAACAAAAGUUUGGAAUUUUCUCCCGGAAGUUUGAACAGUGACCUGCAAGGGAUAAAAUUGGUAGAGGAUGAGAUAGUGCAUAAUGAUGAUAAUGCAGGUCCUGGAAAUAUUGAAGGAUGUGUAGGCUUGCUGGUGGUGGAGGGAGAAGCUGAUGCAAUGGUUGGAAGUUCUUUCCAGAAGGUCCCUGGCAGUUCAUAUCCACCACCACCACCUCCUAUACCACCUCCGAAGCCUUAUUCUGUGAACUCGACUUCUAGGAGAUCUCCAUCUGCGGAUUCAAAUGCAAUGCGAAUAGGGGCAUCUAGGAGAUCCGCUGUCUUGCCUGGUGUAUCGAUCAGAUCACCACCCACUGGAUCUCGCCCAUCUUCACCUCGGUCUCAUAGCGAAGGUGAAGGAUAUAACAGUGCUGAUGAGCAGAGCCAGAGUUUUAGUUCGGUCUAUGAUGAUGCAGAAAGAGAACACCAGUUUCAGAUUGAUUUAAGGCGAGUGAAAGGCUUGGAAGUGAGAAAAAUGUUAGAGGAUGGGAACUGUCUUUUUCGUGCUGUUGCUGAUCAAGUAUAUGGUGAUUCAGAACUAUAUAAUUUGGUUAGACAGAUGUGCAUUGACUAUAUGGAGCGGGAAAGAGAUCAUUUCUCACAGUUCAUAACAGAAGGUUUUACUUCCUAUUGCAAGAGGAAGAGAAGAGAUAAGGUCUAUGGAAAUAAUGUGGAGAUCCAGGCUUUGUCAGAAAUGUAUAACCGGCCUAUACAUAUACAUUCUUGCAGCACAGAACCUAUCAAUAUAUUCCACGGAAAUUACAAUACUGACACGCCUCCGAUACGGCUAAGCUACCACCACGGGAAUCACUACAACUCUCUUGUUGAUCCACGUAGGCUGACCAUUGGUGCUGGGCUUGGAUUUAGCUCCCUUCAAGGGAUGGACAUUGAUAAGGGUAAAGUAAAAGCAGCAAUCAAAGCUCAACAGGAUCAACAAAUCGAUAAUGCACUUCUUGCUGAGGGGCGCUUCUACUCCGACCUUGAGCUGACUGAGAAAGAAAUUGAACGCAUGGUGAUGGAAGCUUCAAGGGCAGAGUAUCUAGCCGCUGACAAGUUCAAGCAACAAGUAGGUCCUAUGGAGUCCUCAACUUCUGGAGCUGAGCCCUCAUCUUCUGCAGCAAGAUCAUCAGGAAGCGAAGCCAGACAGGAAGGAGGGCAUGACCAGGGGCCGGCCGGUUCAGUUCUGAAUGGCAGCAUGCAGCAGCUGUUGUCUAUGGGGUUCAGCUAUCUGCAGGUGAUCGAGGCGUAUAGCAUUUUUGGAGACGACGUAGAUUCCAUGAUCUGCUACCUGAUUGAAACGAGCAGUAGUGGCAGAAAUAAAGGCAAGGCAACCGAGAAAUAAGAAUCACCGGAGCCGUAGUCAAGACUCUGUUUUAUGUUGUUUACAUAUGAGAAAUAAGAAUCUCAUUUGCCAGCUUGUAGAAUUUUGAACCUGCUCUGUUUUUUAUGUUGUUUUCAUAUGAGAAUCUGUGUUUUUUUUCAACAGCUGUGACACAAACAUAUCACAAUACCUCUCGCCAUUGAAGAGUCAUGUUCGUUGUUUUUGAGAUCUUGUAUUUUAUUUAUGUGGAAAUGGUUUAGAAUCUUUAGAUUGUGGUAAUUUUA